AUGGUGGACCUGGACGAGUACAAACGAAAGCUGCUACCCACAGAUGAAGACGAAGGAACUCUCGGAUCCAGAGAGUCGAGAACAAAGCGCGCUCGCGGCAUCGUCUUCAAGAGCCUUAUUGUCACCGUCGUGAUUUUGGUGUUCUCUAUAACACUCUACGUGGUGCUCGUCUCCAAAUGGGCCCGAUCUAUCUCUACUUGUGAGACGAAGACAAGCAAAGGCGAGGCCACUGCGACCAACGAGUCUGGAGUUCUGACCUGUGGCUCAACAAGAGAAGAAGCUCUUUCCAAGGGAUGCAUCUUCGACGUACUCUCGGUAGGAUGGGUGCCAGCUGCCUGCUACGAUCGACAGCGUUCCGCUAAGUUCGAAAAUGUCUCGAUCAUUGUCUCUUAUGGAAGUGCAGGAGCCUUCAAAUGGUAUCUGGAUUCUGAAAUGACAGUCCCGAUCGCCGAAUCUGACCUGUCAACUCUGGGCGACAGUCCGGUUGCAUACACGACCGAAGAAUUCCAUCAGUCGCAUUGUCUUUAUGUGUGGAAGUCGACAUCGGAUGCGCUUCACGAGGCUCGCACGCAGCAUACUGGCGUUUGGGCACUGGACCGUAUUAGGGACCACCAUCACAUUCGGCACUGCCUGAUUGUCCUGGAGAGCAUGCCUUGGAGGUACAACAAAAGUGUUGAGGUUGACUUCGGUUAUCGCGAGUGCGUUAGGCUCGACAUCCAGUAG